GUUGUUUUUGAAGUUUAUCUCGAUAAAUUGUUGAUACUAAUUUGUUGUUAAUUAUCUAAGUAAAUCAAAUGUCUUCAGCUAAAGAAACGAUGGGUGAACAGCCGAUUUUUACGUGCAAAGCGCACGUUUUUCACAUUGAUCCUAAGACGAAAAGGUCCUGGAUGCCCGCCUCAAGUACUGCAGUUAGUGUAUCUUUUUUCUAUGACUCUUCCCGAAGUCUGUACAGGAUUAUUAGUGUCGAAGGUCAAAAAGCGGUAAUUAAUAGUACUGUAACGCCUAAUAUGACUUUCACGAAAACGUCCCAGAAAUUCGGACAAUGGUCUGAUGUUAGGGCAAACACAGUUUACGGUUUGGGCUUCUCUUCUGAGGCAGAAUUGCAAAAGUUUAUUGAUAAAUUUAAUGAAGUUAAGGAAGCUACCAGAUCGGCUAUUAGCAAAGUUACAGCAAAUGGAGGAACUCCUGUAACUCCUGUUACAAGUGCUAAUGCCAGUCCGAUCAAUGCAAGAGCAGCAAAUGUUUCAACAGAGAAUGCAGAAAAUUUAUUAGAACCUCCAGGGAGUGUCACCCUUUCUACUUCCAAUAUGAAACAGGAUUCUGAUGACAUAGUCCAUGCCAGGAGCCAUUCUCUUUCAGCUAUUCAGAGUAAUGAAAGCCCUAGCCAUCAAAUUAAAAUGGAUAAAGGUAGUUACGGAGGUAGUUCAAGUUCCAACCCUGUAGAUAUGCAGUUGAAGUAUGAAAAUGACCGACUGAAACUUGCUUUAGCUCAAAGUUCUGCCAAUGCAAAAAAAUGGGAAAUAGAACUGGCCACAUUGAAAAGCAAUAAUGCAAGACUGACCAGUGCUCUCCAAGAGAGCACUGCGAAUGUGGACGAGUGGAAGAGACAAUUAGCUAGCCUUAAGGAGGAAAAUAUGCGAAUGAAGGCAAAAUAUCAGUCGGAUUUAGAAAAUAGCAAAGGUGGGGGAGACUUAGGCGAUGAACUAAGAAAAGAGAUUCAAUCGUUAAGAUUAAGAGUGGAACAGCUGGAAAUGGAUUUGGAGAAUAAGAACGAUGAGGUCAAAAGGCUAACGUCUGGAAACAGAUUGCCGGAAGUUCAAGCCCUUCAAAAAGAGAACGUCGAACUCCAGUCCACGAUCAAACUGGCCCAGUCCGAACUAGAGAUCGCCCUGAGCGCUCACGACUCCCAAAAACAGAUCCUGCUCACGCUCAACCAGCAGUUCGCCGCGCGCAUCCACGAGCUGGCCAACAUCCACGACGAAAUGACCACGGCGCUGCAGACAUGAAACACCGAGCGCUUCCGAGGCUAGCCGGCCGUUCCCGAAGCGCGUCGCUGUCGUCGAUUCGCCGCUUGCCGCAGCAGUUUCGGGUGAGUCGCCGCGUCGCGUCGCGUCAACCCGGCGUAACGUCGAAAAGGCUGGUGUGGGCCGGGCUACUACUGCGUCAGUUCUUUGAUUUUCUUUUUGCUGUGAGACUGAAUUUGUUGUUACUUUAUAUGUAUUUUUUUGAUGCACAAUUUUUUUGGAAUAUUUUUGUGGCCAUAUAAUGGUUUUUUGAUUUCGAAAAAGUAGAGAGAUUUCGCAUUAUAGUGGGGUAAGUUAAAAAGUCUAAAGCCUCUUCUACAUAUGAUGUUUUACUGACAGCUGUGUAUUUUGAUUGCUUGGACUGACAGGUAAAAGGAUAUGUGUAGGCGGGGCUUUUAAAAAAAACAGUUUUUUCAUAGUCACAGAAAAAUAAAAUAGAAGUAAUUUAGAGAUGCUUUUAAUACAGCUUUUUUACAGGGUGGUCCGAACUAUAUUCCGGAAACUUCGGCAGCAUAUUCUGCAGAUAGAAAUAAGUAAAAAAAGUUUAAAAAUGCUUAGUUUCGAAGAU